GCUGCUGCUGCCACUGACUCCUCCUCCUCUGCUGCCGCUGCCGCCUCGCGCGGCUCCCCCCUCUCAAUUAGCUGAGCUUUGGGGACUUGAGGGCAAAGCCGCCGCUGAGGUAAGAAGUUCAAGGCGGCUCCUCAGUCAGUCAGUUCGCGCCUCCCUCCUCCCGCGCAGCCAGUUCAGCAGGCCAGGUCUUCCCCUCAGCCGCUUCCCGCCAGUCCCGCACUCGGCUUUUUUUUUUUUUUUGCCUCGCUCGCCUUUCUUUUCCCUCACACCCGCUCUCUCUCUCUCUCACUGUCUCUCUGUGUCUCCUCAACUUCGCUGUCCGUCGGACCCGAAGGCGACCCUGGAGACCAACCUUGCGCUGUCGCUUUUGCCCGCUCCCGCAGGGCUGGAGCCGGGGAGUUGCGUGCCCAACCCGGACCCCGCGUCGCCGAAAGGGCUCGGCUCGGCCGCCUGGUGCCUUCAGCCGGACCCGGGCAGGGGCCAGAGCGCUUGGAGCAAGUGCAGCGCCGGCGCCGGAGGAGGCGGAGGCGGCGGCGGCAUUAGCGGCGGCAGCGGCAGCGGCAGCGAGUGGUUCCCGGCGCCCCGGCGGAAAGUUUGCGGCGACGCCAUGGGCUCCGACGUGCGCGACCUGAACGCGCUGCUGCCUCCGGCCGUGCCCUCCCUGCCGGGCAACGGCAACUGCCCCAUGCCGGUGAGCGGCGCGGCGCAGUGGGCGCCUGUGCUGGACUUCCCGCCCGGAGCGUCGUACGGCUCGCUGGCGCCGCACUCGGCCUUCAUCAAGCAGGAGCCCAGCUGGAGCGCCACGGAGGCUCACGAGGAGCAGUGCCUGAGCGCCUUCACGGUGCACUUCUCCGGCCAGUUCACCGGCACCGCCGGAGCCUGCCGCUACGGCCCCUUCGCGCCGCCGCCCCCGCCGCCGCCCAGCCAAGCGCCCGCCAGCCAGGCCAGGAUGUUCCCCAGCGGCCCUUACCUGCCCAACUGCCUGGAGAGCCAGCAAGCCAUCCGCAACCAAGGUUACGGCACGGUGGCGUUUGAUGGGACUCCAAGUUAUGGCCACACCCCCUCUCACCACGCAGCGCAGUUUACAAACCACUCCUUCAAGCACGAGGAUCCCAUCGUCCAGCAGACGUCUCUAGGUGACCAGCAAUAUUCGGUGCCUCCUCCUGUUUAUGGCUGCCACACCCCGACGGACAGUUGCACGGGCAGCCAGGCUUUGCUCCUGAGGACCCCAUACAACAGUGACAAUUUAUACCAAAUGACCUCACAGCUUGAAUGCAUGACAUGGAAUCAAAUGAACUUGGGAUCUCAACUUAAGGGCCAUGCAACAGGAUAUGAAAGUGAUAACCAUGCAGGCCCUAUGUUAUACAGCUGUGGGGCCCAGUAUAGAAUACACACCCAUGGAGUCUUUAGAGGAAUACAGGAUGUGAGACGAGUACCUGGAGUAGCUCCUAUGAUUGUUAGAUCAGCAGGUGACACAAAUGAGAAAAGACCUUUCAUGUGUGAAUACCCUGGCUGCAAUAAACGAUAUUUCAAACUGUCUCAUCUGCAGAUGCAUGGAAGAAAGCACACAGGUGAAAAACCGUAUCAGUGUGACUUUAAGGACUGUGAACGAAGAUUUUCUCGUUCAGAUCAACUCAAACGACACCAAAGACGACAUACAGGUGUGAAACCCUUCCAGUGUAAAACCUGUCAGAGAAAGUUCUCCAGAUCUGACCACCUGAAGACUCACACCAGGACUCAUACAGGUAAAACAAGUGCGUAUACUUUUAUUCCCAUUUAUAUUUUUAAAUUUAUUUUACCUGAAUUGAUUUUGCUAUGUUUUAAAUGCAUAUGGUAGUUCCGGGAAAUUAGUGAAUGUCGUAAGAGGCAUGGGUUAGAGUUAUCACUAUCACAUGGUGGAAAAGUAAAACUCAAAUAAGGGUGCAAAAUAUAAAUAAAUGCUGAAAGGUUUAGAGCUUUUCUAGGUGAUAUCGGCACUUUUCUUUUGGUGCUAUAUGGAGAUGUACUAAACAAGUGAUCCUGCUUAGUCCAUCCUAUGAAGCUUCGUGUGCCUUCACCUGAACAUUAAGUAUUUGAAAAAUAGUGAGAACUGCACUGAAGCUGGAGACUGUAGGAUCAUAUUUUGAAAGGAAUGUAAAAAUUAUCUGCUGCUUUCAUUAAUGGGUCAUCUACAAAAAAAUUCUUAGAAGUUUAGAGUGGUGUUGCCACUGCAAAUAAUCAAUCCCCCUCUUUGUAUAUCUCUGUCAGGACCACAGCUCGGCAGAAGAGGAGAUUUAGCUUUCCCCCUGCCCCAAUUUUCUUGUAAAAAACCAUAUCCCGCAAUACAUAGCUUCUGUUUGUCCCCAAAGCUGCCAUUUUCUGCAGCUCUGGAGGCAAGUUGCAGCUUCAGGUAGGGGCAGUUUUCAGCAGCGCAGGAUUGCCGCCAGAGGAAGAGUUAAACCCUACUCCCUUGUGCUAAAGUGCUGAUCUG